CGUUUGAGAGGAAUAAGAUCAUGGGCUCUUCUCCUAGAAAUUUGUACGCAGGUAUUGGCGAAGGGCAAUCCACCUCUAGGCCACCGCUCUUUGAUGGCACCAACUACUCGUAUUGGAAGGAACGGAUGAGAAUCUAUAUCCUUUCCACCAACUUCCAAUUGUGGUUUGUCAUAAAAAAUGGCGAAGAAAUCCCAAUGAAGAAAGUGGGAGAAACCACGGUCCCAAAGACCGAUGACGAGUUUGAUGCCGAAGACAUCAAGAAGGUGGAAAACUAUGCAAAGGCCAUCAAUAUGCUAUAUUGUGCGGUUAACCCCGACGACUACCGAAAGAUCUCCUGCUGCACAAGAUCGAUAUCCUAUUGAAGUGACGUACGAAGGUACCGAUCAAGUUCGUGAAGCCAAGAUCGAUUUUCUCACUCAAGAGUGCGAAAUGUUCCGAAUGAAGGAAGAAAGCUACUCCAACAAGGAUCUAGUGAGGAAGAUCCUUCGCAGCUUGACUCCUGAAUGGCGCUUCAAGGCCGAUUCCAUUUACGAGUCAAUUGGCGUCUCUAACGUCACAAUUGAUGGGUUAAGAGGUAAUCUCAAGACUUACGAAUCUACCAUUCUUAAUCCAUCAUUGGACGAGCAAAAGAAAAAGGGAAUAGCUCUCAAAGCCACCAAGGAACCGGUGGAAGAGGUUUCAAGCGACGAUGACAACGAGUUUGGAAUCGUCAUCAAAAAGUUCCACAAAUUCAUGAAGAAGGAAUUUGAGCGGAAGAGAAGGAAGCACGAUGGUCCUCCUAAAUGCUACGGCUGUGGCGAGAUUGGCCACAUCAAGCCGAGGUGUCCAAAAGUCAAGCACGGCAAGGACAAGCCUGGCUUCAAGAAGCAAAGAGCUUACAUCUCUUGGGGUGGCGAUUCCGGCGACGAAUCAACCGACCAAGAGGAGGACGAAGCUGCAAACCUUUGCCUCAUGGCACACGAAUAUCAAAGCGACGACGUCCAAGAGGAAUAUACCACUUUUCCAAUAUUUGUGGUAUCAGAGCUUGGUUCCUUUCCGAUGGCCAGCAACGGGAGUUCGAUGGGUGCUUCACAGCCUCUCAUACCGAUCUUUAAGGGAGAAGGCUACGAAUACUGGAGUAUUCAGAAGAAGACUCUACUAAAGUCUCAGGAUCUAUGGGACUUUGUGGAACUGGGAUACGCAGAUCCCGACGAGGCGAACAAAUUGCGGGAGAACAAGAAGAAAGAUUCGAAGGCGUUGGCAAUCAUCCAGCAAGCAGUCCACGACAACGUCUUCUCCCGAAUCGCAACGGCAACCAACUCAAAGCAAGCAUGGUCAACCUUGCAGAAAGAAUUCAAAGGAGACUCAAAAGUCAUCGUUGUGAGAUUGCAAUCACUUCGACGUGACUUUGAAACGAUGAUCAUGAAGAAUGGAGAAUCAGUGGCUGAUUUUUUGUCGAGGGCAAUGACAAUAGUUAGCCAAAUGCGAUCUUGCGGAGAAAAGAUCACAGACCAGAUCAUCUUUGAGAAGCAAGGCGACAAGAGCCAUAUUCAGUGCUAUAAUUGCAGCAAAUACGGGCACGUGAAAGCAGAUUGUUGUACCAAGGAGAAGCAAGCAAAUUACGUUCAAGAAGAAGAUGAAAACAAGUUAUUCAUGGCAGUUGCAGACGCCGUGGAAAUGCCCAACGAUGUGUGGUUCGUAGAUAGCGGCUGCUCGAAUCACAUGUGUUUCAACAAGGAGAUGUUCAAAGAGCUUGACGAAUCUUACAAGUUCGAGGUCAAGCUAGGCAACAACAAUGCCAUUCAAAUAGAAGGUAGAGGUGUUGUAGAAGUAAAGAAUUGCCAUGGUAUAUUAAACCACAUUCAUGAUGUCUAUUUUAUUCCAAAAUUGGCAUAUAAUCUAUUGAGUGUGGGGAAAUUGAUGAGCACUGGAUAUAUGGUAUUCUUCGAAGAUAACUCCUGUGUCAUCAAAGAAAAGAAAUCUGGGCAAAUCAUUGCAAAGGUUUGCAUGACAGCGAAUAAGAUGUUUCCGCUGCUAAUCUCAAGUGUAGAUAAAUACGCUCUUGUUUCCGGCACACAAGAGCCGUCGAAACUGUGGCAUCAACGAUAUGGACACCUCAACGCCAAUGGGUUAAAGCUUCUACGUGAGAAAGGGCUUCUGAAGGCCAACAUCGCUGUUGGGAUUUCCGACAUGCAUGUUGGGAUGGUUUGCCAGAACCAUGGUUUGGCAGCCAACGCCAAAAACUGAUGUCAAAAACCAAAGUUCUCCAAAAUGAAAACCAAGUGUUAAAAACUCAUACACAAUGUAUUUUAUGUAGAAACCAAGUAUAAAAACUUAAAAACCACUUCAUUAAGGGAACGUUGGGAAUUCGUUAAGUCUAUUAAAGCUAAAGCUGCUGGAGAAUCCAAUAAUAGUACUUAAUUAACCACCUCCAAUGUUUUCGUUGCAGGAAGAAAAAAAUGUCAGCUAGGACUGCGAUU